GCAGGUAACGGUCGCAAACGGAGGAGGAGCAUCGUCGUCGCGUUCGGUCUACGAGAGGCGAGGAGAAGGGGGAUCGAUGGAACGUACCGGCGGAGAGGUGGAAUUCAGGUGCGAGUCGUAGUUGGCUCGACGAUCCUCAGUUUACCGCGGCCAGUCGACGCGACGCAGUCCGAUCUUUGACCCUCGCUUUUCCGCGUCUCGUUCCUUUCUUCUCGCGUUUUCUCCUCUUACGUCAUCGCGUUCCUCUUGGUGGUGCUUUGGUUCCUCGCGAUCGACGAGAUGCGGAUCGAUCCCUUCUCGGAUCGACAAAUUCGACGCAUCCGCAACGAAACCGGUAUGACUGCGAUGCAGAAGGUCGCGUUCCAACAACGACGUUGAUCGAACGUCGCGACGGCUCCGAGAUGAUCCCGUCGAUCGGACUGUUGACCGUGGCGGUGCUCGCGAUCGGCACCGCGAUCGCCGGUUUGAAUCCAGGGGGGGCCGAUUGCGGCGAGCAACGCUGUUCCACCGUCGAGUAUUGCAGCCCCUACGACAAACGUUGCAAACCGUGCUCGUCCAUCUGCGACGCCACCGGUCGCAACUAUCAGCAAAACGAGUGCAUCAAAGAUUGUCAAGAAUACCUGCACGACAAACGAUACGUUCUUCUCGAGCAAUACGAGGAUUUACGAGGGGAGUUGCAGCGAUUGUGGAUACUGGCGGUGAUAUCUAUCGCCGUAGCCUUUGCGUCUCUCGUAUCGAGCCUGUACCUGUACGCGCAAAAGUGUCCACGAUGGGAAAAGAUGCAAACCACCCUGAGACGAGCUAUCGCCGGGAAACGAGCAAAGGGAACGUCGAACGGGAGCGGCGGCGACAACGACAACGACAACAACAACGAUCGCGGUAAAUCGACGCUUCGAGACGCGGAAUCGGGCACGUCCAGGCACAACGGAUUGAAGCUGACGAUGCCAACGAUAAGCGCGAGCGUGGCUCCUUCCCGAUUCUUGGAAAACGAAAGCGGACACGGUGGGAACGGUACCGGAAGCGCGAGCGGAAGCGGCAGCGCUAAUGGAAGCGGAACCGGUAACGCCACGCCGAACACCACCACCACUUCGCUGUCGAGAAGGCAUCCCAGCGAGGACACCACUCUCGAUUACGCUUACGACAAUCCAGCUAUGACGCCCAGCCCGGAAACCGUUCAACACAGAACGAAGCGCGAGAGCUCGUUUUAAACGGGACAUCCGAUCGAUUCGCCACUCACUGUACAUAGGUUAAUUCUAAGCAUAGUACUUAAUCGCGCUCGUCCGCGCGAGAACGCGCGCGACCAUUCGCGGGUCCUUAUCAGCCAUUCCGUCCACGAAAGGCCUUUCGAGCGAAGUUUGCCCGAUCAACGGUAACGGGGUCGAGCUUCGCAUAGGUCAGCGACGGCGCGUAAUCCGCCGGCCGAUCGAUGGAGAAGCGCGCGCUCCACGCUCAAUUCGAAUGCUCAACCGUCGAGUUUUACGCUCGCGUGCCUCUUUUUCACCAUCGCGCUCUUCUCUCUCGCUCCCUCUCUGCUUUUUCUUCUCCUCCUGCGCUAUCGACGGUGAGACCUGAGACAGAGGCAGAGAGAGAGAGAGAGAGAGAGAGAGAGGGAGGGGGAGAGAGAGAAAUCGUUCACGUUCGGCUGUUUGCGCGAACCUCGCUGAUCUUAGGUUAAUAAGUCGUACGACAGCGAUUCGAAUCGUCGCGAUCUUUCUUCGUCCAGCGUUCGUCCGAUGUUCCUCGUCGUGAACGAGCACCGUACAACGGUGAUCGUCGACGACCAGGAAUCCGAUGUCUUCCAGCGAACGAAACGUCGCGGUUGCUCGAGGCGCGUACAUAAGAAAACGAACGAGAAGAAAAAGUUUACCGCUCGUUCGCAAGUAUUCGUAGUUUUAAGACGUUUUUCGUUAUCGAUCCGGUAGUUUGCGUCGGAGUAAGCAAUAAACGCAAUAACGCACGACGUUCCUGUUUUGCGUAUUUCUUUCGUGCCUGUGCAGGAUAUCGGGCCGGAGGUGGGAAUAGGAAGGGGUGAGAAUUUUUGGCGUGAGAAGAGAAAAGAAAAGAACGCAACGUUCUCGUCGAUGCAGAAAUCAUCGUGUAUGUUGGAACGAGGUGACCGAAAGAUCUAGCGGCGCGUUAGGCGGAAAUUUGCUCGAACCGGAGAGAGUCGCCGACGGUCGGUUUCGAUCGAUCGCCGACGAACGACGGCGAGGCGGACACGAGCUCCGGCGUGAUCGGCGUACCGGGCGUCGUCGGGUGAGACGAGUGCCUCGCCAUCACCAGCUCUCUCGUGUUCUUCUCCGGUUUGAUCAGCACCACGUAGACCUUCGGGAGAAACAGGCAGAGCAGCUGGACCAGUCCGUUCAGCGACAGCGACAACGCCAGAGUAAUUACCCUGACGACGUUGCUCGUGGAGGCCAAGUAGAGGGGCACGAAAGCCAGCCACAGCACGAUCGUCGCGUAAUUGGCGAACGCGAUGCGUCGGGUCUCGUUGAAUCCCUCCGGGCACUUUCUCGUCUUGAUCGCGUAGAACGUGGACGCGACGGUCAACAGGAACGGGUAGAUCAAACCGAUCACGUAGGAGCCGUCUUCGGAGCCCCGACACACCCUUACGUUCGCGUCCCUGCUGGGAUACGAGCGUUGGAUCGCCGGUGGUUUCUUGAGCAGCCAACCGACGUCGAACGCGAUCUCCACCAGAACGAGGAUCGACGCGAUCGUCAGCUGAGAUCUCGGGCUGGUGAACCUGUGAACACGCGUGGAAUCGCGUUACUACGGGCUAUCCGGGCGUUACCAUCGAAAUUUACCGUCGUUUGCGAGGACUGCGGCCGGGAUCGUUGAAUAUCCUGUGAAUUCGAUUGAUCUUGGUGGAGAGCGCGGCGUAGCAAAUGGUGUAGCAGAAUCCGAUGCCGAAUCGGACCACGGCGCAACUUUCCACGCUGGGCUUGGACACCACGGCGAACGUCAUCGAGAAGCAGCCGAACGCACCGACCAGCAGUAGAAACGACAGCUCUCGACCGGACGCUUUGAUCAUCGGUGUGUGCCGAUAGAUCCAAAACACCGAGCAGACGAACGCGGUCAGUGCCAUACCUGCGAACGGAACGCGAUCCCGUCAUCGUUAGUCCUCGGAUCGGAUCGUCGACGCGGCGGCGGUCGAGGCCGACGAACGGAGAUUACCGGAAACGGCUACCGUCAUCGCGACGAUCGCCCACGGAUUCGAGUAGUCGACGAACUGUUCGGGGAUAGGUUCGCAGCCAGACCCGUUCUUCGUCGGAAUCGUGCCCGGCUCGCACUCUUCGCAUCUCAGCUCGUCCACCUUGUACCGAUAGAAACCGCAGCUUUGACACCUCCAGCAGCACGGGUCCUCUUUACUUCUCACCAUGAUUCGAUUCGAGCCGCACGGCCGGGAACACGACGACGUCGGAAAGUCGCCGGGUCGUUCCUCUCGAAACCACAACUUGUCCCGAUCCAGCCGCAACACCGCUUGCCCGUCUUCGUUCACUGCGUGCAACCCCGUACGCGUCUUUCCGUUUAUUCGUCACUUUCACCCUCUCUCUCUCCCUUUGAUCCUACUCGUGGUUUUGCGGAGAAAAGAGAGAGAGAGAGGGGGGGGGGAGAAACAGAGAGUAGUCUUACGCGUGUAAUUGCCGAUGACCGCCCAGUGAUAGAAACCGUUUGCCUUGCGCUGAUAAUUCAGGAUGGAGUAUCUCGGAGGUCCGUCGACCGCAUCCACGAAUUCGAACGCGUUGCCAGCUUCGUCUGAAAAUUUAGUUCGUAUGCAACUUUACGUUUAACUGUACCCUCGUCCUCCCAUCUCCGAAGAUAAAACUACUUUUCAUAUUGUAAUAAACGAUGUAUACUGUAGGGCUUACAGCCCGAAAAUACAAUAUAAUAAUAAUAAUAAUAAUAAUAAUAAUAAUAAUAAUA